GAUAGACGCGCUUUCUUUGAAUUGACAGUUUGUAGAUCGUUUGGUAGUGGAAUAAGUCGUACAGAUUUCGUCUUUUUUUCGGGAAAAAUGGAACAAACUGGCCAGAAACUAUCAUAGAAACAUUUGCACAUUGAUUAAUGCUUCGAUAUCUCAACAAGAGAGUGUCAUGCUCGAGUCGUAGACCGAAGAGUGGUCUUCAAAGCUCGAUCAAGUGGAAAACGGAUAGUAAUUUGAAAAGUCGAUUUCGGAUCAAUUUUGUCUGAUUUGCAGGAAGCUCAGACAAUCCGCUGGUGUCGAUUGACUAGAAUGGAUCUUAAUCCAGAGGCCACAAUGAAUGAAAAUUAGAAAAAGACGAAAUCUUCAGAAAUCGCGAAGCCUUGUUGACAUGGAGACGUUCACAGACAUAUUCUCUGAAAGCUUGAUCAGAAAAGGUUCUCUGACGUCAUGUGAGGAAGAACUGCGAGAGUUAAUGCGGCAAAUUGAUCUAAUGGUAUCUGCCAAGAAAGCAGAAUGGGAAACUCAUGUGCAUGCUGUUCAAAUACAACUGGACAAGAAAACCAAAGAGGUGGAAUUUGUUAAAGUCCAAUUGGAGCAGAAGUGUCAGGAGAUUGGUGGGCUUCAACAGAAAGUGGAUGAAAUGGACAUAACUCAAAGAGAUCUGGUGGCUGAGUAUGAAGAACAUGUUAUGCAUCUCAAGCAAGAGGUUGACAAUCUGAAAUAUGAACACGAAAAACUUCAAAAGAAGAGCAACAAACAAACUUUGCAUGUUGAAAAGGAGAGAGACCAGCUUUUAGCUGAUCUGAAGUCCAGAGAUUCUGAAAUGGAUAAACUGGAGGAAAGAUUAGAGGAAUACAGAGCCGAGAUGCAUGAGUUGGAAGGUGGAAAGAAAGCAAGAGAUGAUCGCAUCCGAGGGCUGGAGAGUCAGAAGAAAGCUUUGAUCGAGAAGAGUGAUUUGAUGCAGCAACAGUUACUAGGAUACCAAGCACAGCUGAACAAGAGAAGACAGAUGAUGGAAGACCUUGAGCGUGACCAUCAACAAGAGAUGGCUGCGCUGCAUUCCCAGCUUGGACGUGCUAAAGGUGAAUGUGACGAUUCUGAGGAUACUGUUCAGCAGUUGAAGAGUUCAUUGGAGGAAGCUCUUGCAUCCAAUAGAGAGCAAGCCUCUGAUAUUGCCAAGGUGCAAGACGAACUCAGGAAGACACGAUCAUCUCUUCAGCGUCUUGAGGAAGAAAAUGCCCAUCUACGGUUAGAACUACAAUCAAGAGAUGAUCUCAUAAGAGCAGCAGAGGACGACCAAAGGCAGCACUCAGAGGACAUGUCUAAAAUGGAAGAGAGUUUGAUAAUGAAAGAUGAGAUCAUCAGACAACUUGAAGAGGUGGGCAAGCGAACAGAAAAUAUUGAGGUGAGGAGACUGAAGGAAGAUCUCAGAACAAGCAGGAUGGAAAUACAGUCGCAUCUUGACGCCGGUCAAUAUCAGAAGGAUGAGCUGAGUCACCUUAAUCAAAAACUGGAAGAUAGCAAGAAUGAAAUUUCAAAGCUACAAGCUGAACUCUGCAGGAAGCAAGAAGAGGUGAAAUUCAUUCAGGACAAUGACGUAAAACAGCUCCUUUUGGAAAAUUCAAAGCUGAAAGAGAGAAUUUCAUCAGGAGACGACGGUCAUCAGGCUGAAGUGGAGGGAAUGAAGGAACAGAUUGCCAACAUGACUGCUGAACUCCAUAAAAGGGACUCUGCAAUGGCAUCCAUUACGGAACGGGCUCAACGAAUGGAAAAAGAUCUUCGAGAAACCGCAGCUAAACACGACAGAGCAGCUGCUGAACUACAGGUUACGAACGCGCAGCUAGAAGCUUUGCGAAUUGAAAACAGACAUUUGCGCGACACUGCACUUAAUGAUCAGUUAACGGAUUUGUCUGACCUUUACAGUGGCAAUCUGCAGCUCAUUGGCCAACUUGAGGACGAUAACAGAAACUUACGUACAGAGGUAGCCACGCUCCGCGAAGAGCUAACAACUUUGGAGGCUAAAUAUCAAGACAAGUAUCGGAACGCUUUGAAAAAGAAUCAAGAUGUACUGGCGGACAUCAAGGAUAACGAGUUCAGACGCCAUAGCGAGCUGCGGUCAGAGUCUGAGCGUAAAGUGGCAUCUUUAGAGGGUCGCCUUGAAGCUACGAUAAGAAAAUAUGAAACGCAACUACACAGUUUGCAAAUGGAAAACGAACGACUGAAAAGUGAGGCAUCGGAGCAUCGAGACAGUGGUGUACCACAUCCUUUAAUGUCCUCAACCAGCAAGGUCCUCCCUGAAUAUGUCCCUAGAAGGCCCGUUGAUUUAAGUCACACUAGCACCACAAGCGGUUACACAGACACCGAAGCGUUGACGUACGCUGACCUGACUGCAGGCCCAGGUCCUUCAGAUACCGAGCGUGCGGCCACCCCGGUUGGUGCCAGGCGAUCCUCUAUUACAUCGGAUUUCUUGGCGGAGGAAAAUCGGCGGGAAAAAGAACUGGAACGAAUUCUGGACAGACGAAUAGCGGACUUGAAAACAAACACAGAAUAUAUUCUACAGAAAUACACGUGACAGUGGAAGGCAUCGAGUCAUCAGGUAGCUGUACUAGACUUCAAGAACGAAAAAGGGAAAAUUCUUGCGAUGAAUUUUUAGAAAUGAUAUGAGUAUCAAACGUUUUGAGUUUUGCAUGAAAAGGGAGGUACACGGAUUGAAUGGAGAAAAAGGAAAAAAUCAGCGUUGUCUGGAUGUGUCUCAUGCACCGCUUUGGAGAUUCAAAAACGCUCACUUUCGAAAUGAAGUUGUGUGCAAAUUGUUUUCUUUUUCUUUUUCCUUCGUAAUAACCUCAUCCAUCGCAAGAUUAUCCCUCAGCAUUUCAUAAGGCUUCCCCAACAGUUAGCCAGUACCCAUUUAUACUCCUGGGUGGAGAGAGGCACUUUAAUAGGAAAGUGUUGUGCCCAAGAACACAACACGGUGAACCGGCCAGGUCUCGAACCCAGACCUCUCGACCCGGAGUCCACUGCGUCUCCUAGUGAAAUUGUUUAGCCUGCAGUUAUGGUUUCUCGUUCGUUUACUUAACCUGUUCUGCAGUUUACAUGAUGGCCUUCUCUAAAAUUCCAAGCCAGAUUUUCUAGGAAGAUAGCCGAGCACUCUGCUCUUUCCAAAAUGGGUUUUUUUCCGACAAAUGAAAAAUUGCGUGUAACAUAUUUGGUCCAGUCCUAAGAGAACCCCAAUAAUCUGAUCAGGUUUCUUCCAUUGAAGUUUUACACAAUUUCACCAAUGCCAGUCCAGAAAAUCUUGGCCUAUGUUGAGAUAAUUCGCAUCAGCUGAUAGUUUUUCAAUUCCCAUAACCUGUUUGCUUGUUUAAAUGUAUACAUAUUGCAAGGAGAAGAUACAUGUUCAUCUCUUUAGGGAGGCAAAGGGAUAGAGAUAUGUUUGGAAUGGCUCAGACGGGGAUGCAAAAAUACUCAUAUCAACGAGAGUUCAUUUUUCGCCACUGCAUUCAACUUCUUUAAUGAUUUCUCUUUGCGGAAGUGUUUGUCAUAUACAUACAUAGCAUGAAAAAAUUAAUAUAUUUCUAGGUUUAAAGAUAUUUGUUAAGUUAUUUUUUUCAUCAUUUGUGCAGUUUCUAGGCAUUUUUAGUCAAGUUCUAGGUUUCUCUUUAUUUAUUUAUCUAUUCAUCCCCCAGUUUAGCUUAUUGUGACCGCUGUUUCCGAGUAGUCCCUGCUUUGCGGUGCGAAAAGUCAUGCGCCUCACUCACAGAGUUCCGCAGGACGCGCUGAGGCCAUUUUUUCCACUUUUUUUUCUGACUCGCUUGACGGACUUUGCCGGAAAGAAGGGACGGCUCGUAGUCUACUAGCUUUCUACUUGUAGCUUCUAAUGCUCUAUCUCGUAUCCAUUUUCUGGCAACAAAUCGUAGUGUUUACGUAUUGGUGAUUAAUUUAUUCUUGACUGAAAAGUUUGUUUUAAUUCUGACUAUGGUACGCCAUACGUCAUUAAAUAACUGCGGUUUUUUAGUCAGCAGCAUUAAAAUUUCCGAAUGUUUGAAAAUGAUCUCAUCGAGGUCUCAUCAUGACGGAACGGAAUAUGAGGUGGAAUUAAAACCUUUAACUCCCAAGAUCUGAUUGUUGAUUCUCCCCUCUAUCUGUUACAGAUUUCCUUAAAAUUUAGUAACGGGAAUUUGGUGCUAGAUCAAGAUAACAAAUUUUAGCUGAUAAAUAUGGGUAUUCUCAUUAUCUGUUUGCAGGAUUAUGUAAGAAUAUUAAUGGGAGAAGUUUGCAUGUCAAUCGCUUCUGGGAGUUGAAGGGUUAAUAACAACACGAAAACUUUAAGUAUCUGGGCAUUCUUAAAUGAGAAUAAACGAAUAGAGAUAUUGCUGUGGUCUACUUAUUGUUUUAGUUGUAGGAUUACUAAGUCCAACCCAACUGUGAUGAUGACUUUCCCCUACGUUGCUCAAACGUCAGUCACCACCACCGACGAUAGUCCCUGUAAGGACUACCCUCAUCCGGAUGAUCAGAUUACACGAUCAAAUGUACCCCCUCCCCGGUUGAA